AUGAAACAUACCUUCCUUCGUAAAAUCAAUAGAUUGCAGUUAUUUACUGCAUCACCCAAAAUCAAUAGAUCAAUAUUAAAAAUUAAUAAUUUAACUAAUGAUAUUAACAAGUUUACAAUUAAUAGAGUGAAUCAAACUAAAAACUAUUCAAAUACAUUAAAACCAACAACAAAUAAUGUUGAAAAUAUUAAAUUUAAAAAUAUUGGUGACGGAAAUUUGUUGGUGCCAUAUUUUCCAUAUGGUGAAUCAGAUUUUGCUUCCAUCAGAAGAAGUAAACAAUUUUAUGUUGAUAAAACUAAUUUAAUUCCUCUAUUAGAAGAAAGUGGAAAACAAUUAUUUUUUGUUCGUCCUCCGAGAUGGGGAAAAUCACUAUUAUUAUCAAUGCUUUCAUCAUAUUAUGAUAUUAACAAGAAAGAUGAAUUUGAUGAAUUAUUUUCUGGUUUAUGGAUUGGUGAUGAAAAUAAUUGGACACCUGGAAAGAAUCAAUAUCAUGUUUUAAAGUUAGAUUUUUCUAUUCAAGUUGAUGGUACAACGGAAGAUAUUAAUCAACGGCUUCAUGAGAAAGUAAACACAUCCAUUUAUGGUUUUUUACGUUACUAUGAAUUAACUAAAGAGAUGGAUAUUAAUCACAAAAAUUCGUUCGAUACUUUAGCAACUCUGGUGGCUAUAUUAAUAGAAAAAGGAGCCAAAUUAAUGAUAUUAAUUGAUGAAUAUGAUAGAUUUGCAAACAAAUUAAUGUUUGAAAAUCCUGAAAAAUAUCAAUUAAUAGUUGAAGGAAAGAGAGGAGAUCCAACAUCUUCACCAAUUCGUUCUUUCUUUGAAAGAUUGAAAGAGUCUUCCGGUGUUGGUUUACAAGAUUUUCGUAGUAUCAUCACUGGUAUCACUCCUAUUGCUCUUGCAGAUGCAUCUGGAUAUAAUGUUUCCAGUAAUAUUUCCUUUGAUAAGAUAUUUGGUGGUUUGGUUGGUUUUACAGAAAAUGAUCUGAGAAUGGCAUUAAAUAACAUUGAUAUUAUUGGAAAUGAUCAAGAUAUUACCAUUUCAACCAUGAAAAAGUAUUAUAAAGGUUAUCAUUUUCCUGGUUCAAAACAUGCUCUAUUCAACACAACUCUUUCAAUGUUCUUUUUGAACAAACUUGUAAAAGAUGAACCUUUCAGAAAUGCUGUUCUACAAAAACAAGAAAUUCCAUUAUCAAUAUUAACAGAUACCAACACAAUGAUCAGUGAGAACGUUUUUGCAACUUUGGCAUCAUCAGUUGUAUCGAAUGAUAUUAUUCAACAAUUACUUUCAAAAGAUUAUGUAGAAGUAACAGAGUCAAUUUAUCCUUCACUGAAAUUAAGAGAGAUUAUUGAUCCACCAUCCAAUGAAGAAGAUAUACAAAAGAUUCGUGAUAAUGCUUUAUCAUUCAUGUAUUAUCACGGUAUGGUUACCUUCACAAAAGAAUCAUCAAAACAGAUGAACCCAAAACAAUUGUUAAUUCCAAAUGAAAUUGCAAAAGUCCAAUAUUUAGAGCAGUUACGUAGACUUAUAUCUCUACAUGAAAAUGAUGUAUCAACUUUUAUUAAUGAACCUACCCAAGAUAAUUUGAGAAUGUUACUCAAUAAUAUUUUAGAAAAACAAGAAACUAUUUAUGACAAUUCAAUGUCUGAAGGAGGUUUACAAGCAAGUAUUGAAUCUGCAUUAAGAGCAUAUUGUUUAUUUAGAAACAAAGAAUUGAAAAUUCAAGCUGAAAAGGAAUAUCAUGUAAAGAAUUCUAACAAUAAGGAAUACAUCAAACGUGCUGAUCUUGUGAUAAGAACUUCUAAAAAAGUAUUAAUAAUUGAAUUCAAACGUAUUAGACCAAAUUCUUUAACAAAAUAUUCCAAUAUUGAAUAUUGGAAUCCGCAAAUUUUUAAAAAUAUAUUUAAAGAUUUAUCUAAACAAACUGAUGAAGAAUUAUUAGAAAUGGAAGUACUUACUCAUGCCAAAGAGAAAGUUGUAGCCAGAUCAAUUUUGAAUUCUGCAAUUUCUCAAGUCAAACAAUAUGCUCAAUAUGAAAAUGAUGCUGACAAAUCAAAAAGCAUUCAUAAGUAUGCAGUGAUACAAGUUGGUUGGCCCUUAAUUGUAAGAAAAUUGAAUUAAAAUGUUUGCUGCAACUAAAAGAACUUUGCUUGUUGAUGUAUUGUGAUUCUAUGCAAACACACUCAAUUUCCUAAUCCUUGAAAUUGUUAUCCCAAAACCUGCCAUCAUUAGAGAUAACAGAAUAAUGAAAUAUUGACAACUUUUUCAUCUCGAAACCUGGCGCACUUUGUUCAAAGAUUUUUAUCUUUUCAUUUAGGAGAUGAGCAUGUCUGGAGAACAAGUUUUUACACGAAAGUUGUCUA